UCAUCACACCACUGCCUGCCUCUGCUUGCAGUUGGGGCAGGACUGGAGUGCUGUACUUGCCCUCAGUCACAGUCAGUGCUCCGUCAGUCAGCGCUGCUGCACGGUGCUGACUACACCGGCUCCCACACUGUCACAUGCCGGCGUUGUAACCACUGUAGAUAAAGACAAGAUCCACGUGGAUAUGCGGAAACCAUAACAGACAGAGCGUUACAUAUCCAAAGAAAUUUCCAUAAACCUACCGGCAACAUCUAGGACAAGCUUCUGUCUCUGUCACAGUAGCUCAGAGGCUGACGGUACACAACAGAGUCCGAGGUCUGAAGGCCUCCAUGGUGACAUUUCUUUUUUAAGAGACUAACUAUCAUCAUAAUAAGUGAGGUGUAGCUGCAGAGAGAUGGCAGACAGUGCAGGGCUGCAGUUUGUCAGCUCCUAUGCUUUUGAAGCCAUGCAGAAGGUGGAUGUGGCACGCCUGGCUGCCCUGAGUGACCCCGAGCUGAGGCUGCUGCUGCCCUGCCUGGUGAGGAUGGCUUUAUGUGCUCCAGCUGAUCAGAGCCAGUCCUGGGCACAAGACAAGAAACUUAUCCUCCGUCUGCUCUCUGGAGUGGAAGCUGUGAACUCCAUCGUAGCGCUGUUGUCUGUUGACUUUCACGCCUUGGAGCAGGAUGCACGGAAGGAGCAGCAGCUUAGGCACAAGGCGGGUGGCUCUAACGGAGAAAGCAUCCUGGUGUCACAGCUGCAGCAUGGCCUGACCCUGGAGUUUGAACACAGUGAUCCUCUCAGGAGACUCCGUCUGACCCUCAGUGAACUGUUGGCUAUCAUGAAUAAGGUGGUAGACUCAAACGGAGAGUUUUUCUUAAAGUCCUCUGAACUCUUUGAAAGUCCUGUUUACUUGGAUGAGGUCGCUGAUGUCCUCUGCAUUUUACAAGCAGAGCUGCCUUCCCUGCUCCCCAUUGUGGAUGUGGCAGAGGCUUUGCUUCACGUCCGCAAUGGAGACUGGUUUCUGUGUCUGUUGGUUGCCAAUGUCCCCGACAGCUUCAAUGAAGUUUGCAGAGGUUUGAUCAAGAAUGGAGAGCGUCAAGAUGAGGAGAGCGUUGGUGGUCGACGCAGGACCGAAGCCCUCCGGCAGCUCUGUCAGAUGAACCCCUCUCAGGCCCUCAACAUCAGAGCCAUGGUGGUGGAGGAGUGUCACCUGCCUGGUCUGGGCGUGGCUCUGACUCUGGACUACAAACCAGACACAGCAGAUGAGGCCGUCAGUCCCCUCGUUUCUUAUGUCAGCGGUCUACUGCUCGGUACCAAUAGCAAAGUCCGUACCUGGUUCAGCAUGUUCAUUCGCAAUGGACAACAGAGAAAGAGAGAAAGCAGCUCUGUGCUGUGGCAGAUGCGCAGACAGCUGCUGCUGGAGCUGGUUGCCAUCCUGCCACGCUCACGCAGCACCCACGUACCCAAUGACAGAGAUGUGGGAGAGGAGCCCGGCUCAGGGUACUCUGGCCUCAGAGAGGAGCAUGUGGUGAAGGCCAGCGCCCUGCUCCGACUGUACUGUGCCCUCAUGGGCAUCGCCGGCCUCAGACCCACAGAUGAAGAGGCAGAGCAGCUCUUGCAGCUGAUGACCAGCCGGCCACCGGCCACUCCUGCCGGCGUUCGCUUUGUCUCCCUGUCCUUCUGCAAGCUGCUGGCCUUCCCUACUCUGGUCAGCACUCCAGAGCAGGAACAGCUGAUGGUCAUGUGGCUUAGCUGGAUGAUCAAAGAGGAGGAAUACUUUGAGAGAGGAGAAAGCAGCUCUGUGCUGUGGCAGAUGCGCAGACAGCUGCUGCUGGAGCUGGUUGCCAUCCUGCCACGCUCACGCAUUAUUGAGUACCCAAUGACAGAGAUGUGGGAGAGGAGCCCGGGUCAGAUUGCCAUCAAGCCCAGCUCUCUCAGCAAGAUGAAGACUAUCUUCACACAGGAGAUCUUCACAGAACAGGUGGUCACAGCCCAUGCGGUGAGGGUUGCAGUGACCAACAGCCUAAGUGCCAACAUCACAGGAUUCCUCCCCAUUCACUGCAUCUACCAGCUGCUUCGAAGCCGAGCCUUCACCAAGCACAAAGUGUCCAUCAAGGAUUGGAUCUAUCGCCAGCUCUGCGAGACAACCACCCCCAUUCACACCCAACUGAUUCCCCUAAUUGACGCCUAUAUCAACUCCAUCCUCACUCCGGCAUCCAAGGCCAACCCAGAGGCUACCAACCAGCCCAUCACAGAGCAGGAGAUUCUCAAUGUCUUCCAGAGCUCUGCGGGGCAAGGGGAGGGCAGUCGAGGAGGAAGACAGCGCUACUCAAUCACCACCCAGCUCCUUAUUCUCUACUACAUCCUGUCUUAUGAGGAGAACCUGUUGGCAAGCACCAAACAACUGGCCCUGAUGCAGAGGAAGCCAAAGUCCUACUCAGCAGCCUUGAUGGACCAGAUCCCCAUUAAGUACUUGGUUACGCAGGCACAGGGACUGCAGCAGGAGCUAGGAGGUCUGCACUCUGCCCUGCUGAGGCUGCUGGCCACCAACUACCCCCACCUUUGUCUAGUGGAGGACUGGGUGUGUGAAGAGGAGGUGACUGGUACUCUGCCCCUGCUGAGGAGGAUGAUGCUCCCCAGCAACACUUGCAGAUACACUCAGAGCCAGCUCCAUCAGGCCUUCCAGAAGUUACCAUCCAGCAGUCCCAGGCUGAUGCGUAUCCUGGAGCAUUUAACGCUGCUCUCACCCGGAGACCUGAUCCCUUAUGCAGAGGCCCUCACAGCCAGCAUGGCUCUGCUGCUGGAGCCUGCUGUGCCGCGCCGAAUACUGCAGACCCUCAACAAGCUCUGGAUGGGCCUCAACACUGUGAUGCCUCGCAGGUUGUGGGUGAUGACCGUAAACGCCCUCCAACCUUCAGCUAAGCUGCUCAGACAGCAGAGGUACACUCAGAACGACCUGAUGGUGGACCCUCUCAUCGUGCUGCGCUGUGAUCAAAGGGUGUACAGGUGUCCUCCUUUGAUGGACAUUGUCCUCCACAUGCUGAAUGGCUACCUAUUGGCCGCAAAAGCCUACCUCCACUGCCACCUGAAGGAGACGGCUGACUUUGAUCGGCAGAGCCAGACGGUCUCAAACCUGGGUGUGCCCGGACAGCCAGAUACACCCGAGGUCACCAGGGAGGAGCUGAAAAACGCCCUUCUAGCUGCGCAGGACAGCGCAGCAGUCCAAAUUCUCCUGGAAGUGUGUCUGCCAACCUCCGAAGAGCAGCAGCUGGGGGCCAACACAGAGAGCCUGCUGAGUAGCAUCAGGGGCCCCAUGCCAGGGAAAUCGAAACAGGGAAGCCUGGGGCCGAGAGCCAGGGUGGGCGUGGAGGACGCCGAGCCAAAGGGAGGCCUGCUCAGUGACUUGAGGGAGGUGCAGUGUCUCAUCUGUUGUCUGCUGCAUCAGAUGUUCAUCGCCGACCCCAACAUUGCCAAGUUGGUCCACUUUCAGGGUUACCCUCAAGCUCUGCUGCCUCUAACUGUGGCAGGCAUCCCCUCCAUCCAUAUCUGUCUGGACUUCAUCCCAGAGCUGCUGGCCCAGCCCCAGCUGGAAAAGCAGAUCUUUGCAAUCCAGUUGCUCUCGUACUUGUGUACCCAGUAUGCACUACCCAAGUCCCUCAGUGUAGCCAGGUUGGCCAUCAGUGUCAUGGGCACCCUGCUCACAGUGCUGACUCGUCCCAAGCGCUUCUCCUUCUUCAUGCCCAUCCUGCCGUGCCUGGUGUCCUUCUGCCAGGCCUUUCCUCCGCUCUAUGAUGAUGUCGCAUCUCUGCUAGUACAAGUGGGCCAGGUCUGUGCCUCCGACGUGGCCACCAAAGCCAGAGACAUCGACCCUCUCAUUGCCCGUCUGCAGAAUCUGAAGGAGAGGCCUCAGGCGGCUGUGGCUCCAGGAGGUUCCUCCAAGCUGACAUCUCCCCAGAGGACAGCAGAGGACAUUGGUGGAUCUGACUCUGAUGUCCAGCUCUGCUACUGUGUGGAGGCCACCUUCAUGGACAUCAUCAGCUCCACCCUUCAUGGACUAUAGACACACAUACACGUCGAGGAAGAGGAGGGACUGGACUGAAACCAACAACCCUAAACACUGCCUCGGUGCUCCUGAGAGGGCUACUGUCAACACACAUCCAUUCAUCUUUAACAAAUAGACUACGACUGAUGUCACCUUUUGUCAAGGGCUUUGAGACUUUGUGAGGUUGUGGGUUACAGUCAUUCUCUAGUCUGUUUGGUCUAGAAUAAAGCAGAAUGCUGAAAAAUCCAUUCCCAAAUAUUUGGCAUCCUGUAAAUAAAUCAUUAUUUGCAGGUUAUUUAGAAUAUGUAUGUUUAUGUGCUCUGAGUUUGUGGAAAUUAAAAUACUGAAAAUGUUAAAUGGGUCCAUUUUCUUGACCUCUAUUGGCAUAUUUUUCUAAGCUGUAAGUGACCUUUUCUCAGCCACUGAAAAAAGAAAAUGUUGCCUUGAAAUAAUAUGUAGAGCUUUUGUACUGUGUGUGUUUUUAAUAAAACAAAGAAGUCAUUUCA